AUGGUAAAAGUAAAUUUGACAAGCAUAGCUGAUACUGAAGUUGCUCCAGCUACUGCUCCUACCAAGCCUUCCAAGAAGGAGGUGAUGGCAUCAAAAAGGAAACCCUCAGGUCCCAGCAUGUCUGAUCUGACCCUGAAGGCUGUGGACACCUCCAAACAAUGGCACAGGAUGUCUCUCUGUGAUCUCAAGGAGGCUCUCAAGGCUGCGGGGUACGUCAUGGAGAGGAACAACACUCGCCUCUUGUUGUCACUCAGGAAUCUGGUCAGCAAAGGGAAGCUGCUGCACAAGGGUUCCUACAAGCUCAACAAGAAGGAGGAGCCCAGAAAGGAAAAUUACACCAAAAAGAAGUCUGCUGCUAAAGUGACCGCUAAGAAACCAAAGAAGGCAGCAGCAGAUGGCAGCAAGAAGAAAACUCCAAAGAAACCCAAGAAACCAGCAGCUGCUAAAAUGAUAGCAAACAGUCCUAAGAAGGCAAAAUCUACCAAGCCAAAAGUGGCCAAAAUCCCAGCUAAAAAGGCAGUAAAACCCAAAGCUCCAAAACCCAAGACCUCACCUAAAGCAAAAAAAGCAGCACUGAAAGCAAAGAAAUAG